AUGCUUUCGAUAAGGUCUAGUUUCAACGGUGUAGCGAGAAGAAGUUUCAGAUCCACUUCAAGGCAGUGGAGGCAGUACAGUACAGAUCACAACUCACUGGCCGCCAAGUAUCCUAUAAUUGACCACGAAUACGAUUGUGUAGUGGUAGGUGCAGGAGGUGCAGGAUUAAGAGCUGCAUUUGGACUGGCGGAAGCAGGGUUCAAAACUGCCUGUGUAUCGAAAUUGUUCCCAACAAGGUCCCAUACGGUGGCAGCCCAAGGUGGUAUAAAUGCAGCUUUGGGGAAUAUGCAUCCAGAUAAUUGGAAGUGGCACAUGUACGAUACAGUAAAAGGCUCGGAUUGGUUAGGGGAUCAAGAUUCUAUACACUAUAUGACAAGAGAGGCACCUAAAUCAAUCAUAGAAUUAGAGCAUUUUGGCAUGCCAUUUUCGAGAAAUAAAGAAGGAAGAAUCUAUCAAAGAGCAUUUGGUGGUCAGUCUAAAGAAUAUGGUAAGGGAGGUCAAGCAUAUAGAACUUGCGCGGUUGCGGACAGAACGGGCCAUGCCAUGCUACACACUUUAUAUGGCCAAGCUUUGAAUCAUGACUGUAACUUCUUCAUCGAAUAUUUUGCAAUGGAUUUGUUGACUCAUAAUGGUGAAGUUGUAGGGGUUAUUGCAUAUAAUCAAGAGGAUGGCACUAUUCAUAGGUUCAAGGCUCAUAAAACUGUAAUCGCCACAGGCGGAUAUGGUAGAGCUUAUUUCUCUUGUACCUCAGCACAUACCUGCACUGGGGACGGUAAUGCAAUGGUAGCAAGAGCUGGUUAUCCCUUGCAGGACUUGGAAUUUGUUCAAUUCCAUCCUUCAGGUAUAUAUGGCUCCGGCUGUCUAAUUACGGAGGGUGCUCGUGGUGAAGGUGGAUUUUUAUUAAAUUCUGAAGGUGAAAGAUUCAUGGAACGUUAUGCGCCAACCGCAAAGGAUUUGGCUAGUAGGGAUGUUGUUUCUCGUGCUAUUACAAUGGAAAUUAGAGCAGGAAGAGGAGUGGGAAAAGAGAAGGAUCAUAUAUACUUGCAAUUGAAGCACUUACCAGCUUCGGUACUCAAGGAAAGGUUGCCAGGGAUUUCGGAAACCGCAGCCAUUUUUGCUGGUGUAGAUGUAACGAAGGAGCCCAUACCUGUAUUACCAACGGUUCAUUAUAAUAUGGGUGGUAUUCCAACCAAAUAUACCGGAGAAGCUUUGACCGUUGAUGAAAAAACUGGCGAAGAUAAGGUUAUUCCAGGAUUGCUUGCCUGUGGUGAGGCUGCAUGUGUUUCAGUCCAUGGUGCAAAUAGACUUGGUGCUAACUCUUUAUUAGAUCUUGUUGUAUUUGGUCGUGCUGUGGCAAAAACAGUAUCUAGCUCUUUACAGCCUGGGCUACCUCACAAGCCAUUACCCGAUGACAUUGGUAAGGAAUCGAUUGCCAAUUUAGACAAAUUAAGAAAUUCUAACGGUUCUAAAUCCACCGCUCAAAUCAGGUUAGAGAUGCAGAAAGCCAUGCAGAAGGAUGUGUCCGUCUUUAGAACCCAAGAAACAUUGGAGGAAGGUGUCAGAAAUAUUACAAAUAUUGCACGUUCCUUCAAUGAUGUUUGCGUUACCGAUAAAUCAAUGAUAUGGAAUUCUGAUCUUGUGGAAACCUUGGAAUUACAGAAUUUGCUAACAUGCGCUACUCAAACAGCCAUAUCAGCCGCCAAUAGGAAAGAAUCUCGUGGUGCACAUGCAAGAGAAGAUUAUCCAAAGAGAGAUGAUGAAAACUGGAUGAAACAUACGUUAUCGUGGCAAAAGGAUUUGAAUGAUCCGGUUAAGUUGAAUUAUAGAAAUGUGAUUUACAAAACUUUAGAUGAAAAUGAAUGUCCUUCGGUACCACCAGCCAUCAGAUCAUACUAG